UGCGGCUGCCAAAGUUUGGCCGGAGCGGGGCAGGGUGCUCCCCAUCCCCUAGGGCGGCGCCGGGGCCGGAGCUGCGCGGCAUGCCGUGCGGGGGGCACUGAGAGCCGGCCCGGCUGGGCCGGAGGCGGGGGCCCGGGGGACCAUGGGCUCGGGCGGCUGCUCGCGGCGCCACAAAGGGCUGGUGCAGACGGGCUUCCUGCUGACCGCGGCGCUCGGCCUGCUCGGCGGGCUGCUGCUCUACGGCCACCUGGAGCAGAAGGCGCGGGCGGCCCAGGCGCUGGCCGCCACCUACCGCGGCCAGCAGGAGGCACUGUCGGCGCAGCUGCAGGUGGUAUAUGAGCAUCGGUCCCGCCUCGAGCGGUCCCUGCAGAAAGAACGGGGGGAGCACAAGAAGACCAAGGAAGAUUUCCUAGUGUACAAACUGGAGGCGCAGGAAGCUCUCAACAAGGAAAAGCAAGACUCGAUGAAUCGCUAUGGUGCCCUAAGCUCUCAGCACAGGAUCCUCAAGAACCAACAUGAGGAUGUGAAGAAGCAGCUGCUGGACCUGCAGCUGCAGCACAGUGGGCUGAGGCUGGAGCAUCGGAAAGCCCUGGAGAGCCACGGGCAGCGCUAUGCCCAGCUGCAGCGAGAGAAGGACAGCGAGGUGGCCAAUCUGCAGGACACAGUCUAUAAACUUCGAGAGGAGAGCAAGCUCCUGAGGAAGGCUCAUCAGGACAUUCACACUCAGCUUCGGAACGCCCAGUCCCAGAUGGAGGAGUUUCGACAGCUCAAGGAAGCCUUGCAGAAGAUGCCCAGCUUCCAGGAGCCUGCAGCCAACCUGCAGCAGCAGCAGCAGCAGGAGGUCCUCCAGGCCCCAAGGCAGCAGGCUCAGCUCAGGAAGCCUCAGGUGUUCAUUGCCACAGGCUCCAGAGUAGCCCUAAACCCCCAAGAGCCAGAGCCGGCUCCCCGCUGGAACCCUCAGACUGCCCAUGCCCCAGGGACACGGGCCUUGCCCCCAGCGGGGCCACCUUUCCCAGACCUGACGUUGCCUUCUUCUGGGCCUCCCGCCUGGGCUCAGAAACCCAUCGACAGCCAUGUUCUCCGUUUCACCAGAACUGUUAACGGCCUUCCAGCGAAGCCCCCAGUUCAGCAGGUAGUGGUGGUGGCAGCCCCUGUCUCCGCCGCCCCUGAGAGACCCGGCCCAUGGGGUCGUUCCCCUCAGCAACGGCCUCCCACAGGCCUGGACAGAGAGCCCCAGGCCCUCCCAGCCCCUGGUAGCCCACAGGUACAGAUGCAGAGCUGGCAAGAUAUCGUCAACAAAGUGAAUGCCCGAGAGAAGAAUCAACAGCUUCCUUCAAGCAGCCAGCCCCAGGGGCAGGACCAGUCUCUUUCACCUGCCAACCCGGGAGAAGGGGGAGAGCGCCCGGCACCCAACAAAGAAGAGCCCCGAAGAGCAAGAGCCGAUGAGGAGGAGCUGGAGAUGGAUGCUGGGAUGAUCGAACGGGAGGAGAACAUACGGCCCAGGAAAGAGCCUGGAGCCCAGGCCCCAGUGGGGCCCGAUGCCCUUGCAGACCCUGCGCAGGACCCGAACAACCAGGGUGAGGAUGAGUUUGAAGAGGCAGAGGUGGAACGGCCAAGAUUGGAAGCAGAAGCCCCAAGGCUCCGGCAAGCUCAGGAGCCCCAGGAACAAGGGCCGGAGGAACAGGGCCAGGUGAUGAAUGAGGCAGGAGCAGGACCCCACAGGCCUGGCACAGAGCUACUGAAUGACUAUCAGGAUGACCAGGAACUGAAUGAGAACCCUGACCUGGAGCUGCGACCUGAAACCAAGAAUAACCCAGAGGCCCCGGGCCAAAAAGACAAUUACUACUGACCCUGCCCCUCGUUCUCCCAAAGCCCUCUGCUUCAUGUCCUCCCGAAGAAAGUCAGGCUUCUGCCCCAGCACAGCCACAGGGGAUUAUUCUGUAUUUCUUACUUAGUUCUCCAAGGACAGUUGGGCUGUGUGGGUCAAAUGGCCCUUAAGGAGAGCCGCUCGACUAGGAAAGAGAUCCUCGUGGAUCUGGGAAUCACUCUCAACUCUCCUGCCCUCAGACAUCAGGUCUCUGCCCCACUCACUCGCCACAUCCUACAAGUUCCUAAUGUUGGGAUUGCUCAGGACCUCAAAGUUAACAGAAGUCAGAUAGGGCCGUGGUGCCCUGACUCUGGCUCCUUUUGAAGAUGAGGGAGGCUGAAAACCAGGCGCUGUUAAGGGGAGGAUGAUGACUUUAAUUUCCAGUUGAUCAGUCUUGUCUCGGGAGACAGAGGAAACAUGAGGGAAGAGACUUCUUCCCUCUGCCAGCCAAGCUCUUUAAAGCCCCAGCUGGGAUGGACAGUGCCCUACAGGGCCAAGUCUGAGUUCUGGGACUCCGACAAAUCCAGAACUCCAGUGGGUGCUGGAGUGAGAGUCUGGGAACCAAGCCCUGGCUCAGUGCCAGGGAAUAAAGGGGGGAACCAAGAUGGCUCCUGAAUGUUUCCCCAUUUCCCUUCCCUGGGGUCUUCCUCUUCAGUCACUUUCUGGGGAUUGGUGCCUAAAGGAUGGGACUGUCAUUCUAUCCUACCCCAGAGGCCCAGCAGGACCCCUCCCCGGGGGGAGUGGUAAUCGGCCCUUAGCUAUGGCCAAUGGCCAGAAGGGAAGGGGAUCAGGCUCUGGAUGGAGCCUCAGCCCUGGCAUUCUGAGGAGAUGUGGUCCAGAGUUUUCUGUGCGUAAUGUACAGGCAGCCUUAAUAACCAUUUUGUACACACAGAAAAUAAAGUUUUGAGUUAAA